CCUGAACUGGCAAAUUAAAAAAAAAGUGUGUGCCUAGGCUUUUUAUCUAUUAUUGUUAUUAUUAUUAUUUUUUACUGCAAUGUAAUCUAUUUGUAAAACUGUUCGCAUUAGAGAAUUAAUGCUGGGGCUUUAAAGCUGCUUCAGAGCUGGGUAUAGUUGGACUUCACUGCAUGUGCUGAUUUAUGACAGCCUGGCAAACAUUUGUAAUUAAUGCAACAUUUAGUAUUUAAUUCAAGCAAUUAAAUACAGAUACUGCCUUUUACSCUUGACCUCAAAACUGAGUGAACACUAAGAGUUUUUAAUGCUGCUAUAUCACAGUCAGUUUUACAGAUAYUGAGAUAAAAUUUGCUGUGAUGUUUGGUUUGAUAUUCAUGUGCUACUCUGUUUAAAACUUGAACWUUGUUGGAAUGAGUUGCUUAGCAAAACAUAUGACCUGGAUGAUUUGAAAAGAAACCUUUAGAAAGCAAUUGGAUCUACAACUACUAGUCUUCAACACUUUUGGUUCUGUUCUGGGGAAAAAAAAAGGGGGGGAACACCUUCAGUCAGAUCUGUGAGCAGAUGUCUCCAACUAGUGGACAUCAUGUGUUAUUGCAGUGACUGCACAAAAACUCAUGAAAGAGGAAAGUAACAGAAAACAAGUGUCUAGUGUACAUCCAUAAAACAAUAAAAUGGAUAAAAGUGUUGGUAAACGUAUUUGGAUGAACAUAGGCAAUGAAGAGAACUUAAAAAAAAACAGAAACCUCUUUUUGUUCAGUGAAACUGUCGGUCAACACUGCAGCAGCUGCUUUUGUUAAUUCAGCCAAAGUCCAGCGGUUAUGUAACACAACGUUGUAGUGAAGAAGGAGGACCAGCAUUACUGCUGGGGCAGUGCAACCCCGCUGCUUGGAAGAGCAAGAGCACAGAAACCCUGCCUCCACUUGUCAUAUCCACAAAUUCAAGGGAGCAAUCAUGGCUGCAGAAGCAAAGCAAACUUGCUAUGAGGGCUGUGCUGUGGACAGCUUCCAGUUUUACCUGGAGAGGUCAGGAGAGCAUGCAGCCGUUCUCAAAGGUGUUCAAAACCUCCUGCCUGAGGAAUAUAAAAGGAUUGGAGCAGGAAAAACCAGCCUUGAUGUUCUUGGUGUUGGAAGCGGUGSAGGUGAGAUGGAUGUGCAGCUGCUCUCCCUGCUGAAGUCAACAUUCCCAACUGUUCCCAUAACAAGCUGCAUUGUGGAGGGCAGCUCAUCUCUCACUGACAACUUUAAAGCUUUGGUAGCAAAGACUGCCGAACUUCAAAGCAUUCCCUUCUCUUGGCACAUCAUGCACAGUGAGGACUAUGAGAAGCAAGUGAAAGCAAAAGGAGACAUAAAGAAAUUUGACUUCAUCCACAUGAUUCAGAUGAUCUACUAUGUGGAUGACCUGCAGGAAACAAUCAAGUUUUUCCAGAGCCUGCUGAAAAAAAAUGGUAGACUCAUGAUCGUUGUUGAAUCAG